AGAGGAGGCUCACUUGGAAAGCAGGGAAAAGGACAUAUGCAUGCUUAUCCUCUCAACGGUCAAGAUUCUCUCAAUCCCCCAAAAAAGAUCGGUGCCUACCGUUCGAUUCAAAAGUCUGACUUUUGUGGAAGAGGGUAACCAUGGCCAGGUAUUAGCCCAAUCAAUUGGGUUCCGCAUUGUUCUCCGACUUAGUUCAGCUUUGGCAUGGGUAUGCGAGGGAAGAGAGAAGGGCUGAGUUGCUAACUCCUACCUCUCCUCUGGGAUGGUUUAGCCUUUUGACUGUAGAAUACCAUUUGUGGAAAUUAUGGAUUCUGAUAUCUAUUAGCUUCGUCUUUCCUUUUCUUCAAUGCUUAUUUAUCCAACGUAAUCAUCACCGUUUUAUUUGCGGAUGAUUGGUCACUCCGGGAUUUUUCUGUUGUUCUCUUCUUCGUAAUUUCAGUUUCCCCUUGUUUUUUCAUGAGAUAAUUUAAGUUCCUCCUCCUUGUUUUGGGUUUUCCCCACUUAUAUACCAGAUCCAUAUAGCAGAUCCAGGCUGCGAAAUCUCAAAUCUGCAGUUUUUUUUUUUUAAUAGUUCCAUUUUGCUUCGUUAAGUCAUUAGUAGUUUUUCGAUCUCCCACUCUGUUGCAGAGUUUAAGUUAUUUCGCGAAUGCGAUUGGAGAGAGUUAUCUUACUCUUUUUGUGGCCCAAGAUCUGACUUCCCAGUUUUCAUCGUUUUUCUCUGAUGUUGUUGCGAAUAUCAGGGUUUGGAUCUUGAGUCUGUUAUUGUGAUAUAGGUCUUCCGAGAUAAAGUCUUGGCACUUGCUUCUUUACAACAUUUUAUUUCCUUCAAGAAUAUGUAUAUUUUCUGUGAAAGUUGUGGAAUCUGGAUCGCGAAGUAGGGAAAAUGAUGAAUUACUUUCCGGAGGAGGUAUUAGAGCACGUGUUCGACUUCGUGACGUCCCAUCGCGACCGGAAUGCGGUGUCUCUGGUGUGCAAAACGUGGUACAGAAUAGAAAGAUGUAGCCGGCAAAAGGUCUUCAUAGGGAACUGUUACUCGAUCAGCCCGGAGAGGUUGAUCCAGAGGUUUCCUAGACUAAAAUCUCUGACUCUGAAGGGGAAGCCUCAUUUUGCGGACUUCAAUCUAGUUCCUGAUGAUUGGGGAGGCUUUGUCUUCCCUUGGAUUGAAGCACUGGCGAAGAACCGGGUGGGAUUGGAGGAGCUUAGGUUGAAGAGAAUGGUGGUCUCGGAUGAGAGCCUGGAGCUACUUUCCCGUUCCUUCUCGAAUUUCAAGUCUUUAGUUCUUGUGAGCUGUGAAGGGUUCACCGCCGAUGGCCUGGCAGCAAUAGCUGCAAAUUGCAAGUUUCUUACAGAGCUGGACCUGCAAGAAUAUGAAAUUGAGGAUCACAAAGGGCAAUGGCUAAGCUGCUUUCCUGACACUUGUACAUCACUGGUCUCUCUCAAUUUUACUUGUCUCAAAGGAGAGAUCAAUUCGGGAGCUCUUGAAAGGCUUGUGGCCAGAUCUCCUAACCUUAGGAGUUUGAGGUUAAAUCCUUCUGUGCCCCUUGACACACUCCAAAGGAUAUUGAUGCGAGCACCUCAGCUGGUUGACCUGGGUACUGGGUCUUUUGUUGAUGAUCCAGAUUCUGGGACGUAUGCGGAGCUUAAAAGUACCAUUUUAAAGUGUAAAUCAAUAACCAGCUUGUCGGGGUUUUUGGAGGUUGCUCCUCGCUGCCUGCCUGCUAUAUAUCCUAUUUGCUCGAACUUGACAUCCUUGAAUCUGAGCUAUGCAGCAGGGAUUGAGGGUAAAGAGCUGAGAAAACUAAUUCACCACUGUGGGAAACUUCAGCGAUUAUGGAUACUGGAUUGGAUUGGAGACGAAGGACUAGGCGUUGUAGCUGUUACUUGCAAAGAUUUGCAAGAAUUGAGGGUUUUCCCAUGUGAUGAAUGGGAUGGAUCUGUAACGGAAAAUGGACUUGUUGCUAUAUCAAUGGGUUGCCCCAAGCUUCACUCACUGCUUUACUUCUGCCAACGGAUGACUAAUGCUGCCCUCAUAACAGUGGCCAAGAACUGCCCAAAUUUUAUCCGCUUUAGGCUGUGCAUCCUGGAUCCCGCAAAACCUGACCCAGAAACAUUGCAGCCACUAGAUGAAGGUUUUGGGGCAAUAGUACAGUCUUGCAGGCGUCUCAAGCGCUUUUCACUCUCCGGCUUGUUGACCGAUAAAGUCUUCCUUUACAUAGGGAUGUAUGCUGAGCAGCUGGAAAUGCUGUCCAUUGCAUUUGCUGGAGAAAGUGACAAGGGGAUGCUAUACGUGCUGAAUGGAUGCAAGAAGCUCAGGAAGCUUGAGAUAAGAGAUUGCCCUUUCGGCAACACGGCACUUCUAAGGGACGUAGGUAAGUAUGAAACAAUGCGAUCCCUUUGGAUGUCGUCCUGCGAAGUCACCCUUGGGGCCUGCAAGGCACUGGCUCGGAAGAUGCCAAGGCUUAAUGUGGAGAUCAUAAAUGAGGAUGAACAGGAAGAGUGUAGCAUGGAUGGGCAGAGAGUAAAGAAGAUGUACCUGUAUCGAACUCUAGUAGGGAAGAGGAAAGAUGCACCAGAAUUUGUGUGGACUCUGUAGGUAUUCUAGGCCAUUUUAAUUGUCCUUUUAUUGAGCAGGCUGUACUUGCUUAGGUUGACCGGUUAAUGGAAAUUUAGCCAGGUGUUCUGUUUUA